AUGGAUAGAAGUAGAGAGGCUGGAGAGCAGGGGGGAGUUGCUGGUGGAGGAGUGGGGACUCACCAACCAGCCAACCCUACGCUACCGACUUCUUCUACACCAUUUCCUACUACCGUGGAUCCUGUGAAAGCUUUCUCUAUUGAGAAAUUCAUGGGGGAGGACUACGAGCACUGGAGUUUCCGCAUAAGGCUGAUGUAUACCCAAUACAAGCUAUUGGAUUUGGUGGAGGGGAAGGAGAAGAUGCCGGAGGCCGCGGAGCUGAAAGGAGCGUGGAUGAAGCGAUCGUUUGACGCGUACAUGCUCAUGGUGCAAGCGGUUGGCGGGCGGCAACUUGACCACAUCAAGGACCUCUUGGCGAUCAACCUCAACUCCCAACAACCCCAAUGGAGCGUGGAUUACAUUCGCGCGCGCAUCCUAGAGGAGGACCUGCGGCAGCGGAGUGUGGAGCGCUCGGAGGAGGGGGCUGGCUAUGGAGUUGGAGGUGGAAAAAGUGGCUUUAAGAAGAAGUGGAAGGGCAAGAAUAAGGAUAACCCUAAGGAGGAUGGCGGCAGGGGUCAAGGGAAGGAGUGCUUCUACUGCAAGAAGCGCGGACAUCGUUGGCGGAAGCGCUACCAAUGA